AUGGGACGCGGGAAGAUCGAGAUCCGAAAGAUUGACAACGCGACGACGCGGCAAGUGACCUUCUCGAAGCGGCGCAAUGGGCUGCUGAAGAAGGUGCGCUGGGCGGAUGCCGUGGUGGGGGCCGGGAGGGAAAGGGGGGGAAGAGGGAAGAGGGGAGAUGGGGAAAGGUGCGUCUCCACGCACCCCCUGCGUCACUUCCUGCGCACUGCUCCCAUCCCCUGCGCGGCGCCCAUCCCCGUGCACUCCUGUCUGCUGCGCCUGCCCCGUGUGCCCAUUCCUAGCGGCUAUCGUAUUCACCCAUCUCAUGCGUCCACCCCCUGCACCGCCCAUCCAUCACUUGCGCCAUCCCAUGCGCCCAUUCCAUGCGGCCAGUCCCUGCGCCACCCCUUGAGCCCACACCUUGCUCCCACCCCUAAGCGCCCACCCCGUGCGCCCACCCCCGUGCGCCCACCCCCCCCGUGCGGAGGUCCCCUGGCGGCAUGGCAGGCGUACGAGCUGGCGGUGCUGUGCGACGUGGAGAUCGGCGUCAUCAUCUUCUCCGCCACGGGCAAGCUCUUCCAAUACGCCAGCACCAACAUGGACGCCAUAGUGGAGCGGUACCGGCGGCUGGCGCUGGAGAGCGGCAAGGACCACCGCCCGCCGUGGCAGCAGCAGAACCCCCCUCAGAGCGCCGGCCUCGCCACGCCAGUGCAGCAGUGCAAAGAGCAGCCCGGCGAGCAGCAGCAAGCGAAGAAGCUUCAGCUGCAGCAGGUGGAAGCCAAGGCGGGGGCGGCGCCACAGGGAGUGCUGGCACUCAAGGAGGCAGCAGAGCAACAAAAAGAACCGCGCGACUUGGAGGUUUCAAGGCUGCGAGAUGAACAAUCAAGGGCGCUUGUUUGCCCGGACACAUCAGCAGAGUCUUUUGGAGGGCUGGGAUUGGAGGAGAUGAGACGACUGGAGAAGCAACUAGAAGACAACCUCGCUCGACUGCGAGAGAAAAAGGAGGAGUUGUUCGACCGAACCAUCUCGCACCUCAAGUCGCGC